AAGGGAUUUGGUUUCUUUCACCUUCUCUCCUUGCCUUUACCUUUCCUUCUCCAUCCUUCUUCUUCUUCUUCUUCUUCUUCUUCUUCUUCUUCUUCUUCUUCCUUCAAACUGGAAUCCACUGUUUCUGCGGCAGUUUGAAGUUGUUUUACUUUUACUCCAUCCCGGACUGGAAUCAAGCGGUUUGCUUACGGACAAAAUGCCAGAAAUUCAGUUGGGUACGCAUACUGUGAGAUCCCAUGGAGCUCGUUUAGCAAGAGUCCAUAUGCAUGAUUGGUUGAUCCUUGUGCUUCUUGUGGUGAUAGAGGUCGUGUUAAACGUAAUAGAACCAUUUCAUCGCUUUGUUGGACAGGAGAUGAUGACAGACCUGAAGUACCCACUGCAAGAUAAUACCGUUCCCCUUUGGGCAGUUCCAAUAAUUGCAAUAUUGAUACCAUUUACUGUGUUUAUUAUCUACUAUUUCAUUAGAAAGGAUGUCUACGAUCUCCACCAUGCCAUAUUGGGACUUCUGUUUGCUGUUUUAAUAACUGGAGUAAUGACUGACGCUAUUAAAGAUGGUGUUGGUAGGCCACGUCCAGACUUCUAUUGGCGCUGUUUCCCUGAUGGGAAAGGGGUGUUUGAUCGAAACACAACUGGUGUUUUGUGUACAGGAGAUAAGAGUGUUAUUAAAGAAGGAUAUAAAAGUUUCCCGAGCGGGCAUACGUCUUGGUCUUUUGCUGGUCUUGGAUUUCUUGCGUGGUAUUUGUCCGGGAAAAUAAGGGCAUUUGACCAAAGGGGUCAUGUUGCAAAACUCUGUAUUGUCUUCCUACCCCUGCUUAUUGCAGCUCUUGUCGGUGUCUCUCGAGUUGAUGACUAUUGGCAUCACUGGCAAGAUGUUUUUGCUGGGGGCCUUCUCGGACUGACAAUUGCUUCAUUCUGUUAUCUUCAAUUCUUUCCAGCACCAUAUCACAUUGACGGUUGGGGACCUCAUGCAUACUUUCAGAUGUUAGCAGAGUCUCGUAACGAAGUUCAAGCGUCGUCUCCAAAUGCCAAUAACAUUAACGUGCAGCAAUCCGAAAUCGAAAGUGUCUACAUUCAACCUCAGCAUGAAAUGAGAUUCAAUACACAAGAUUCAAGCCCCAUGUUGAACAGAUAGAAAGUGGAACAAGAAUCGAACUCAGAGCUUUGAUUUGUUGUGAGGAAUAGAGUACGAUCAGAUUGGGUACAUAGGUAGGGAGGAUGUGUAAGUCUUCUAAAACAAAAUACUCUUUCUAGUUGGGCUUGAAAUGAAGACGAUCACUUUCCAUAUUUAUAUUCUUUGAUUCUUUUUCUUCAUCUCCCCAUAUUUGUGAUGACUGUUUAUUUGAGAUUUAUGGUUUCGUAUUGUGAGGUUAUUAUUU